AUGCCAACGUCCAACAAACAAGUCGCACUCGUCGUCGGCGCUUCGCGAGGCAUCGGUCGGCAAAUCGCCAUCGACCUAGCAAAAGACGGCUACGCAGUCGUCGUAGCCGCAAAAUCCACCUCUGACGCCUCGAAAUGCUCUCCUUUCCCACCCGACCCAAACUCGCCGGCGUCCACCAUCUCCACCGUGACCCGCGAGAUCCACGAGUCAGGCGGCGAAGCCACGGCCAUAAGCGUCGAUACACGAGACUAUAUCAGUAUAGAGCGCAUGGUAGCCGAGACAAUAGCCAAGUACGGCCGUCUGGACGUACUUGUGUACAACAGCGGCGCGAUAUGA